GCCGGGGCCGCCAUCGCCGCGGCGGUGCCCGGGGCGGGGUUGGGCUCCCGGCGCUCCCUCCCCACAGCUCGGGGCUGGAGGCAGUGGGCCCCGCGGCGCGGCCGGGCCCGCCUGCUUGCGGCUGCUUGUCAGCCUUGAACUCCUGGGGCUGGUUUUGGGAAAAUUCACAUGAUAGGGAGAGAAAGCCACAUGCCAGGUCCUUGUGACUGAACAGAAACCGACCAUGCCUCUUCCAGAAACCAUGUUUUGUGCUCAGCAGAUCAAAAUCCCCCCAGAGCUACCUGACAUUCUGAAGCAAUUUACUAAAGCUGCUAUUAGGACUCAACCUCAUGAUGUUUUGCAGUGGGCAGCUGCGUAUUUUUCAGCCUUGUCAAAGGGGGAGCCCCUUCCUGUGAAGGAGAGGAUUGAAAUUCCUUCAGCAACAGGGGAAAUAGAAGGUGGUUUGACUCCUGGACUUCUCAAAGUCUUGCACAAAAAGCUUUCUCCCAAAGGCACGGUAACUGUUACAGAGCUAAAGGAAAAAUGGAAGCACUUGUGUUUGCCAGAAGAGCAGCUGAAAUCUAUCCUGCAACUGGACAAUUUUGGCGAGGAGGUGGAAUGGAUGAAGAUUCUGGCACUUGGGUGCAGCGUGCUCGGUGGGUCCUUACUGAGUUCAAUGAAACAUGCCUGCGAAAUCUUAACAAGCGAGCCAGAAGGUGGAGCAGCUCCGAUUCCCUUUGAAACAUUCUCGUUCCUUUAUUUGUAUUUGGCCAGUAUUGACGGAGAGAUACCAGAGGAUGAAACUGAAGCAUUCCUCCACAAAAUUAAAGAAGAAGCGGACAAACAAUCUGGCAUGGUGCUGAUCAGACACUUUCUGCCACCGACCUUCAUAUUUUAUUAAUCAACCCUACUGUUCAGUAUGAGGUGAGAGAGAAAAAAAAAAGGAAUAAAUAAGUUCAAGAAAAUAAUUUGUGUUCAAAGUACCAUAAUUUGCACAUUUCAGUACAACACGAUCCUCUUCUCUCGCAUUUCCUUUUCUUUGUCCCAUUCUUGAAAUGGCCCCACAGGGGAUGUUAAUUGAAUACAUGGUUAUAACUGUUCUCCUGCCUCUCAAAUACUGAUGCUUACACCUAGGGACCAUCCCUUCACUUACCUGAUUAUAUUGAGCAAAAGUUAUUUUGUUAUGGCUCUUCCUACCAAUAGUUUGUAAGCGAUUGUAAGAAAAGAAGUAAAAUACAAGAAUUAAAUUUAGACAAGACUGGACAGUUAUAAUUGAAGUGUUUCUCAUUAUGCUUCUGGUAGCACUGACUUUGACUCUUACAUAAAUACAGCUGUUUUUUUGACUA